AUGGCGUCCAAUAUCCUCCAAAUCCCGUUCCGGCGCUCUCAUGCCGUCUCACUGUCCGAAGCGAUCACUCAGUACAUUUCAUCAAAAUAUGACCAGCGCCCGGAUAUGUUCGCGGAGGACUUGAUGAUUAUUGAUCGCCUCCGCUCAGAGGCUGUUAAUGUGCAGGAACCUCAUUUCAGUGGUAUUAGCCGCCUGGUCACUUAUGCGGCUCAGCUAAAAUGGCUGGGCGGGAAGUUCCCGAUCGAUGUCGGUGUAGAUUUCUCGUGGUAUCCUGCUUUUGGGUUCAAUGCCUCGCGGCCAGUAUCACAGAAUAACCUGCGCUUCGAACUUGCGAACAUCAUAUUCAACCUUGCCGCAUUGUACUCCCAACUGGCGUAUGCGGCCAACCGAACUACGUCAGAAGGUCUGAAGCAGGCAUGUAACUAUCUCUGUUCCGCCGCCGGGGUAUUGAAGCAUCUUCGAGAAGACAUCAUUCCCGAUCUGCGAACAUCACCGCCGGAGGAUAUGGAUGAAAUGACACUGCAGAGUUUAGAACUUCUCUUGCUUGGGCAGGGCCAGGAAUGCUUCUGGCAAAAAGCUGUCAAAGAUGGACUGAAAGAUGCAUCCAUUGCCAAGCUAGCAGCUAAGGUGUCCGAUUUCUACGGCGACGCGGGUGACUUGGCUGUCAAGUCCAAUGCGAUCAGCACGGAUUGGAUCCAUCACAUGACUGCGAAACAUCACCAUUUUGCUGCAGCUGCUCAGUUCCGCCAGUCUCUCGAUUGUUUGGAGAAGCGCAAGUACGGAGAGGAGAUUGCUCGACUGCGCGAUAGCUUGUUGUGCGCAGCUGAAGGCCUGAAGGAACAACGGUGGAUCAAUCGGACUGUUCUUGGCGACCUGAACGGAUUGAAGGGCCGCGUAGGGGAAGAUCUCAAGCGUGCCGAGAAGGAUAACGACAUGAUAUAUCUAAAUCCUGUGCCACCAAAAUCCGAACUAAGGGCAAUCGAGCGUGCCAGCAUGGUGAUGGCCAAGGCGCCUUCACAGGUGACCGAUGCGAUCUCCAUGCUAGGUAGCAAUGGGCCAUUAGGUCAGCCAUUAUUCUCGAAGCUGGUUCCAUAUGCAGUUCACAUUGCUGCCAGCAUUUACACUGACCGCCGGGACCGACUGGUCAAUGACAAUCUCAUUGGAGAGUUAGAAUCGAUGACUGAUAAGUUGCGAGACUUGCUUUCAUCCCUUCACUUACCAGGGUCACUACAAGCCCUCGAGAAGCCACUGGGCCUCCCUCCAACCCUUCUGUCGCACGCCGAGGAAAUGCGACAACAGGACGGCAUGAACCGCUUGCACCGGUCCAUCGCAGACACCGCCAGAGUGAAGGAUAAUGACCUGGCCGUAUAUAACGAAGGUGUAGAGCUACUCGCCGCUGAGAAGGCGGAGGACCUUGCAGCUCGCCAGAAAUACGGCACUGAUCGCUGGACCCGCCAGACAUCAGAGGCUGCAGCGCCUAAACUCUACAAGACACUGACUGAGAUCAAUGGCUAUUUCACCUCCGCCCAAGCGAGUGAUGAUCUCGUCCAACGCAAGCUUCGAGAUUCGCAGUCUGUUUUCAUCGUGCUCACUGGUACGAAUCGCGACUUGGAGGCAUACGUACCUAGUAGCCGGAGAGCCGUAAUCCCGCCAGAGGUUGAGCGCGAGGCCAACCGGCUGCGCGGUUGCUUGAGCGAGGUUACUCGUAUGGAGAAUCGGCGAAAACGGCGAAUUCAAUCAUUAAAGGACAAAGCUCGAGCGGAUGACAUCCAUCCCGCACUUCUCAGAGAGACUGCUCGGCUUGAGCGAGACUUCCCCAUGCAACCUAUCCGGGCAAGCCAAUUUGAGGACUUGUUCGAAAAACAUCUGAAGCUGUAUGACUCGGACAGUGAAAUGUUGGCCCAAGAGCGGAGAGAGCAAGAGCAUCUUUCAAACCAAGUCCGAGAAGCCAAUCGGGCUUUUACUGGCUCUCAUAAGGGCGACGCAUCGACGAAGGAACGAGAGGCAGCACUACAGGAUUUGGAAAACGGAUACCUGAAGUAUAAGGAGAUCAUUUCGAACCUCGAAGUCGGACGGAAAUUUUACAAUGACCUUGCAAAGAUUGUGGGUCGAUUCCGCGACGACGGCAAGGCCUUUGUUCACCAACGUCGGAUGGAAGCAAGCCAACUGGAAACAGAAAUCUCCAAUGCCGCAGCGAUGGCAUCACUCCAUAUUUCUCAGCCACACUUCCGCCAACAACCACCGCAACAAACUCACACACACUACGCCCCAUCCUCUUACACAGCUGGGCCACCCAGCCAGCCGCCAUCACAGCCACCUCCACAAGUGCAUGCUGUGCGCCCAGCUGAGACAGCACCUCCUCUUACAGCGCCACAACCGGUGCGGGCACCCGUAGCCCCACCACCAGUCUCUACACCGAGCAUUCCAGGGACUAUGCCUGGUAUGUGGUCUCCUGAGAUGGGUAUUCGUUUUGGAUCGGCCGGCGCCCCUCCAAGCGCCACGCCCGCUACGGGGCCGGGACCAGCACCGACCCAGCCUACACGUGCUCCUCAACCAAAGACCUGGGAUCCUAGCCAGGGACUGCGCUUUUCUUGA